AUGUGGAGGGUGUGGGUGGAUUUGGAUGCUGCCUCUGGGAGUGGUCAGACCCCCACAAUCAAAAAAGCCUCAGUGGACUUCACUGUCAUGUCCUACAACAUCCUAGCCCAAGAUCUUUUGGAGGAGAACCAACAGCUGUAUGCACACUGCCCCCCAGAGGUGCUGCAGUGGAACUACCGCUGCAGCCUGCUUUUAAGUGAAAUAGAAAAAUGGGCGCCAGAUAUUUUGUGUCUGCAGGAGGUUCAGGAGAACCACUACCAUGAACAUCUGUACCCUGUUCUUUCUCAGAUGGGCUAUACCUGUGUGUACCAGCGUCGCACGGGGACAAAGACCGAUGGCUGUGCGGCGUGCUAUCGGAGCGCAGUCUUCACCGAAGCCGGCGUCUCCAAGCUGGAGUUCUUUAGGCCUGAGACCGGGCUGUUGGACCGGCACAACGUAGGCAUCGUUUUGCUCCUUCGGCCACUGGUCACCAGAGGAGCAGAGGUCAAGGAAGCUGGCCCACCCCUCUGCGUGGCCAACACACACCUGCUCUUCAACCCACGGCGAGGUGAUAUCAAGCUGGCCCAGUUAGCCAUAAUGCUGGCAGAAAUUAACGCCAUGAUCAAGUCCUGUAAGGUCAGAGGUGAACACUGCAACGUCGUCUUCUGUGGAGACUUUAACUCCAUCCCAUACACGCCUCUGUACCAGCUGCUCACCACUGGCGAGCUCUACUACCAGGGUAUUCCCAAGUGGAUGGUUUCAGGCCAAGAGGAUCUGUCUUACAAGCCUAGUUAUCACAGACUGUUUGCUCCUCUGUGGCCCAGCUCUCUGGGAAUCUCAGACACCUGCCAGUACACUGAGAUCAAUACGUCCAAAACUAAUCGUCAGAAGUCGGGGACUCGCCAGUACAGCCAUGAAUUCAUGCUGCAGCUACGCUUCUGUCCAGCCGCAUGUGUUCGUCCUCAGAAGCUGAUUCUGAUUUCUGGAGUGACUGACAUCACACCAGAUACCACACAGGACGUUCAACACUAUGAGAAAAGGUUCAAAGACUAUCUGAUGCAUCAGGUGGACCUGGAGUCUGUCUAUGAACAUGUCCUUCCUGGUUCUGGCAGUCCAGAACUCACAACCCUGCAUUCUGAGGGUGGAGCUACCGUCGACUACAUCUUCUACUCUCCAAAACGCACCUCUACCAAAAAUCAAAUGGCUUGUAAAAAGAUAUCAGAGAAAGGUCUGAAGCUCCUUGGUUACCUCUCUCUCCUGUCUGAGGACCUCUUGUGGUCGAUGAACGGACUUCCCAACCACAUAUUCCCUUCCGAUCAUCUAAGUCUGGUCGCCCGUUUCCAGAUGGAACUUGAUAAUUAAUGAAAGAACAUGUUUUGUUUAUAAGUUUUAAAAAUGUUCUGUUCGCGAGUGUAGAAACACUGUCAUUGUUUUCAUAAAAAAGAAUUGUACUCCUUUUUUAUUGUUUUGUAUAAAUAUUUUUGCACUGAAUCAGAA